UAGAUUUUUUUAAAAAUGCAAAUAGCUUUUAAUGAUCGAAAAGAGCCGGAGGGAGUUUCCUAUAUAAACUCCUUCUCUGGCUCUCUAUAUCCCUCCCCCACACUCUCUCUCUUAACAUACUCUGCUCUUUCUCUCUCUACAUCCGCCAGCUUCUGUUCUAAGCUUAAGAGAAUGGAGUUCCAAAACCGGUACGGACUUACAACGACGCAGAAGUACGACUGUCUCUUAUUCGAUUUGGACGAUACUCUUUAUCCUCUUAGCACCGGAAUCGCAAGAGAGUGUGGGCAGAACAUCAAAGAUUAUAUGGUCGAGGAACUCGGUAUUCCGAAGGACAAAAUCGUUGAAUUGUCUAAUCUUCUCUACAAGAACUAUGGAACAACAAUGGCCGGUCUUAGAGCGAUCGGAUAUGACUUUGACUACGAUGAAUAUCAUAGCUUCGUCCACGGUCGUUUACCGUACGACAACAUAAAACCUGACCCUGUUCUUCGAAGCCUCUUGCUUAGCCUUCCUCUCCGCAAAGUCAUAUUCACGAACGCGGAUAGAGUUCACGCGGUCAAGGCGUUGAAGAGGCUGGGAUUAGAGGAUUGUUUCGAAGGGAUCAUAUGUUUCGAAACGCUUAACCCGACGCACACAAACGCAGUGUCUGGAAAUACCGAUAUUUUUGAUAUCGUUGGACAUUUCGACCGGUCUGAACCGGUUAGUUUGCUUCCGAAAACGCCUAUCGUGUGUAAACCGUCAGAAGCCGCUAUUGAGAAAGCUCUCGAAAUCGCCAAUAUUGACCCUAACCGAACGCUGUUCUUUGAGGACAGUGUCCGAAAUGUACAAGCUGGAAAACGCGUUGGUCUCGACACGGUUCUGGUUGGUGCACCAAACAAAGUCAAAGGAGCAGAUUACGCCUUCGAAAACAUUCACAACAUGAAGGAGGCGUUACCAGAGUUAUGGAAAUCGGACAGAAAAUCAGCUGAUGUUGGAUAUUCAGGCAAGGUCGCCGUUGAGACACCUGUCACAGCGUAGGACUGUUUCACCGUUGUACCUAAUUUUCAUCCACUGUCAUUUUCAAUCUUUUUUUCAAAUGACGUUAUGUCAUUUUUGUUUUUCGAGUCGUGUUUAUAAAUUUAAAUAAAAGCAGGAAAUAAUCUUCA